GGUGCAGGUGCAGGAGAGAGUCCUGUCCACCCAUGUGCAUGAGUGGACAAUCCACUGCGUGCAGGUGUCAUUGUGAUGUCAUCAGUAGUGGAGAUCGGAACACUGGGAGGUGAUAUCCAGAAGCUGGGCUCAUGCUGUGCUUUUGACUGCUGCUCUUGCAGGACUGGGGACCCUGGACCAGCAGUCAGAAGAUUCUAGCAUGGAGCCACAAGUUACUUCUUUUUAUGUUGGGCUUCAAAGUACAAAGGGGGGGGGGCGCUAGAGGAGGGAUCUCAGCUGCUUUUCUUUCAAGGACCCUGGUGUGAUCUCUAGGACCACAUGGUGGCUCACAGCCAUCUGCAGCUCCAGUCCCAGGUUAUCAGUGGCUUUGGCUACUGUGUGCAAAACAGUCAUAUAAAAUCUCAGAGAAAAAGAAACCCUGGCUUUGUGAACACUGAAGUUCCAAGUCAUCUUCAGCUACAUAGUCACAGGAGAACUUGUCUUGGAAAAGCCACACAGAGGCAGAGGCAGGGCUAGUGAACUGGAAGACACGUCCUGAGUGCCCAGUGGCCUUUCUGUGACAUGUUAGUUUUCGUUGGUUUAAGACUUUCCUGAGUGCUAGGAUUAUGGAUAAGCCACCACAGCCCAGCUCUGCACUCCAUGGCUUGACUCCGGCCGACUGUGGUGUUUAGGCCUCCGUUUCCCAAGAUGUUUUACACAGGUGUCAUUGUCAGGGCUCAAUAAAGAUGGUCAGCGUGUAUUUCUAGUGUGUAUGUGCUCAUUCCAGGUUGUAUUUGGGGCAUAAAUGAAGCUGACUUAAUCUUGCCAUUUGUGGGGAGGAGCUGCACCCACUCUGUACUCCAUCCUUGUACAGCCUUAUUUUUAAGUUAGUUGAAAUCAUCCCCUGAAGGUCUACCCACUUUAAAGACAACAGCAUAGAUCUUUGUGCUGGGGGAGUUGGGGAGGGGUACCCAGGAUGACAACGCUACCGGCAACUUGGGCACUGUUGCCCGGGCUACACUAUAAUCGCAGUUUCCCUCUCCAGGAAGAACACUGCCCCGCUGGUCGCUCUCAUCACUCACCAUGAAGACGGCAAAGGUGACUGCAUGGGGAGCCUCUUCACAUCUCCUCGGGUAGCCAAGACCAGCUGUGGUCCAGCCUAGCGGGACUAGCCCGUCUGAGGAAGGGAAGCAGCCAUGUGAAAUGUCAAUAAGCAGGAAGCUGUAUCUAUAUCGCAUUAAGGGAUGAAAAAGACAAGAGGGAGACCAAGUUUGAACUUUCCACUUCCUGGUCUCUACAAAGAGCUCUGGUCUGUAUUGAGCAGCGCAGAAAGCAUUGUCUGGGAAGGAGUUUUUACAAAAGUCCCUAAGAGUUUUCUAAGAAUGACCCCAGAACAGCACUUGAAACUGCACACACAUGUUGCUUCCAGCAUCUGUGAGAUACUUUCAGCCAGUGACUACUGGAACUCAAAGACAUGGCCCAAGGCAUGGAAGAGUACAGAUUGUAGCUAAGCUUGUACCAGUUGCCCAGGUGGGAAGAGUGGGGCUAGAAAGGUGGGUGCUUCAUUAUCUCAAGGGCCAGUUAAAGUUGAAGAGGUUGAGGACAUGGUUUUGACCUGAUGACAAGGUGUGGCAAAAACAGCUUCUAAAGGAGACACUUAUAGGAAAAAAGUACUACAGAAGGGGAGAGUUGGAGAUAGUUAUUAUUAAAUUUAAUUAUAAAUUUAGGUUUUGUUUUGAAAUGAGGUAUCCAGCCCAGGCUGGCCUCCAGUUCCCAAGGGAGCUGUGGGUCACCUUAAACCUGGGCUCCCUGCCUCCAUCUUUGAAGUACUGUCCUCACAGUAGUGCACCACAUCCAGUUUAUGUGGUGCUGGGAAGGCAGCCCAAGCUUUGUGCAUGCUAGGCAACCAGCAGCUGGAUCCCCAGCCCGGAACAGGUCAUCCAUGUAGCCCUAACUACAGGAACUCCAAGAUCUGCUUGUCUUUCCCUGGGAAUCCUGAGAAGAUCCUAUCUUGAAGGAAGGAUAGGAGUUGGCCGCCUGUGUGUGACCUUACCUUCUGUUAGUAAAUAAAGCUUUUGUGGAGCACAGCCGUACCCUCACACUUUGUAAAUGUACAGCUAGGCUGUAAAUCUUCAAAUUUUCACGGGAAGUUUGACCAUUUCUGUCAUAGAGAAACAUUCUGCAAAAAUAAGAAACAUUCUGCAAAAAUAGUAUGCCUGGGACAUGAUUCAAAAUAGUCUCGUGUGAAAGAAGAGGGUGAGCAGGGGCCUGGUGGCAUGCCUGUUAGCCCAGAGUUUAAGAUACAGGGCAGGAGGAUGGCCUCAAGUUGUUGGAGGGCAUCCUAGGGUCCAAAUGAAGACACCCACCCACCCUGUCAAAAAACAAAAAGGCAUUCUCUAGCAAAUUCUGCCACAGUCUACCAACUGAUCUUCCUCUCAGGACUUGGCUUCUCUGACCUAACAAGGCAGUAGGACAAAGCUAUCACCAUUUUCCCUGGUUCUGCCUGCGCCAGAGGAUGACUUCCGUUCCAGGUUGACCAGAAAGGCCAUGGGCGCCAGGAGAGCCCCCCAAAGACCAGCGUGCAGUGAGUGUCCCCUGUCUGGGUUGGGGAGUUAGGGUGGAGGCCACAGCUACUUUGUCCCUGCCCAGUCUUGGGUCUCCCUACACCCUCCCUAGGGACACUAGACUGAAAGACUGAAGGCUAUGCACUUCGUGAGGUCCGAGGGAGGGCCUUUCCCACCAGCUCCAUCCCCAGAUCAGCCUGCUGGAAUGUGACCUAGACCCUUCAGCACUAUUCCUAUGGGUCAGAAGCAAGCCAUGGAAGGUGGGGUGUCCCCAAAGACCAUUUCUUCCUGGAAGGCUAGUCCUGAAGCUGCGUUUCCCAAAGCCAGCAACAGCUGAUGCCAUGACCAGAUGCACACACUAAUAUCUGGGCAUGUGCCCUUGCUGCAGAACAUUGAGCCUCACUUGCACCUCUUGUUUCUGAUCCCAUCCCCACACACCCUGCCUUCUUUCCAAGACCCCAGCAUAACCAGGGAAGGACAGUCUGCCCCAAUGGUGGCCUAACCAUGAUUCCUAAUUUAGGCCCAAUAAUACUGCUUGGAACUAACACUAGGAUACUAGGAUUUGGAGUGUAUAUAUAUUUAGACUGACCCAAGCUGGGCUUGAACCCCUGAUGAUGGGGGUGGGUUAGGAUGGCAAGCACACGUGCAUGCUCACACACACCCUGCCACUGGACUUGGCAACCCUACCUGAACCUAUUCUGUCGGUUCCCUUUGCUCCCCAUAGCUCCCUAGGGUAAGGGGAGUAGCCCCAGUCUACUCCAACCAGGGAUCCAAAAGCUGUUCCUGUGGGACUGGAGAGGUAGCCCAGGGGUUUAAGAACACUGGCUACUCUUCCAGAGAACCAGGGUUCAAUUCCCAGGACCUCCAUAGGGGCUCACAACCAUCCAUAACUUCAGUUCCAACAGAUUUAACGCCCUCCUCUUUGGGCACCAGACACACAUAUAGUGCUCAGACAUACAUGAAGGUAAAACAACCACAUAUAUGGAAAACUUUAAUGCCAGGGAGACCAGUGGCCCUGUCAGUCUACCAUUCGGUACACUGAGGCAGAAGGAUCAUAGGGAAUUUGAGGCCAGCUUGGAUGCAGAAUGAGACCCUGCCUAAUAAAUGCCAGGCCACGAGGUGGCUAUUCCCACCCCCCAGCACCAUCAAUUCCUCUGUAGGGUUGAGACCAAGUACUUCCCUAAGCCCUGGAGUCCUGCUUGACCUGGGGCCUCCAGCCUACAUGGCUUUGCAGUUCUGGCCAUUUGGCCCAAGCCACAGAGCGAGCACACACCUACACCCAACCACCUCCCUUUAAUGGACUCUGGACUUUCCCGUUCUGUCCCUACCCUGACUUUUCUCCGGACCCAUCUUCUCCCCAAUCCCAAGGAAGAUUUCCCGGCACCUGACUGCCUCACUGCAGCUUUGGGUGGCACUGGAGUCAUCGUCCUCUUUGCUCAUGUCCCCCUGAAGGCCAGAAAUAGAAACUUCUGGGGACAUCUCUCUGAGAUGUUCAUCCACAAUCUGCUUCCCAGCCAUUCUUAAGACAAAGAUAGCAGGGAAGGACAGGGCCACUCAGUCCUCCCCAUGUUCUCGCAGAUGCAGCAACAGGUUCUGCCCUUGGCCAGGUGAUCUGUGAAGGCCCUGGCCUGGCUUUACACCUGCCGUACUGUGCUUUACCGUGUGACACUAUCAGGCCGAAAUGGGCACCAGAAUGUGGAAGGCCGUGUCCCAAGAUCCCAGGUCCCAGACUUGGAUGUGCCCAUUUCAUAGAAUUGGAGAUAGGCAUGGAAAAAUGGGGUGAGGAGGCCUGGCCUGGGAUGGGCAGGCCCAAGACAGAAGUCCAGAGGCCUAGAGCACAGGGACCAGCACCAGUGAUGCCAUCUGGAUGGGCAGUCCCCACCCACAACUUCUGCAGAGCUGUUUGUGCCCCACAUCAUGCCCUUGUGGCCAUCCUCCUGGGUCUGGCAGCCUCUCUGAACUGGAAGGCAGCCUCCAGCCUGAAUCCCUUCGAUAAGUGCAUGGAGGACCCGGACUAUGAGCAGCUGCUCAAGGUGGUGACCUGGGGCCUCAAUCGGACCUUGAGGCCCCAAAGGGUGGCAGUUGUUGGUGCAGGUAUAGCCGGACUGACAGCCGCCAAGGUGCUCGGCGAUGCGGGACACAAGGUCACGGUCCUGGAGGCAGAUAAUCGGAUUGGGGGCCGCAUCCUCACCUUCCGGGAUGGGAAGACAGGCUGGAUAGGGGAGCUGGGGGCCAUGCGAAUGCCCAGCUCCCACAGGAUCCUGCACAUGCUCUGUAAGAGCCUGGGCCUCAACCUGACCCAGUUCACACAGUAUGAUGAGAACACGUGGACCGAGGUGAAUGACGUGAGGCUGCGGAACUAUGUGGUGGAGAAGAUGCCAGAAAAGUUGGGCUACAACCUGAGCCACAGAGAGAGAGGCCGUUCCCCAGAGGACAUCUACCAGAUGGCACUCAACAAGGCCCUCAAGGACCUCAAGGCCUUGGGCUGCAAGAAAGCCAUGAAGAAGUUCAAUAGGCACACGCUCCUGGAAUACCUCCUUGGGGAGGGCAACCUGACCCGGCCGGCCGUGCAGCUCCUGGGAGACGUGAUGUCCAAGGAGGGCUUCUUCUACCUCAGCUUUGCAGAGGCUUUACGUGCCCACAGCUGUCUGAGCGACCGACUUCGGUACAGCCGCAUUGUGGGUGGCUGGGACCUGCUGCCACGCGCGCUGCUGAGCUCAUUGUCCGGGCCGGUGCUGUUGAAUGCGCCCGUGGUGGCAAUCACUCAGGGGGCGCACGAUGUGCUCGUGCACAUCGCCACUUCAGUACAGUCUCGUAGCCUGAAGGUGCUGAUGGCCGACCUGGUUCUGCUGACGGCCAGUGGGCCUGCGCUGCAGCGCAUCACCUUCACGCCGCCACUGACACGGAGGAGGCAGGAGGCCCUGCGCGCGCUGCACUACGUGGCAGCCAGCAAGGUUUUCCUGAGUUUCCGCCGGCCCUUCUGGCACGAGGAGCAUAUCGAGGGCGGCCACUCCAACACUGACCGCCCAUCGCGCCUUAUAUUCUAUCCGGCACCGGGCGAGGGCUCACUACUACUGGCCUCAUACACGUGGUCGGAUGCUGCAGCCCCUUUCGCCGGCCUGAGCACAGACCAGGCCUUGCGCGUGGCGCUCAAGGACGUGGCGGCCCUGCAUGGGCCAGUCGUGUACCGCCUGUGGGACGGCACGGGCGUAGUCAAACGCUGGGCAGAGGACCCGCACAGCCAGGGUGGCUUUGUGGUGCAGCCGCCAUUGUUUGGGCAGGGGGAUGAGGACUAUGACUGGUCAUUUCCCUAUGGCCGCAUUUACUUCGCGGGUGAGCACACAGCCCUUCCACAUGGCUGGGUAGAGACUGCUGUCAAGUCCGCAUUGCGGGCGGCAGUGAAGAUCAAUAACCAUGUGUUCAGGGUGCCCAGCCCCCAGAAGCAGGAGCAUGCCAGUCUCCGGAAGCAGGAGCACACACAUGCAGAGGCCAGAGAGGAUCAGGAUCAAGAGGUCAGCCCAGGUGAGCAGCAGCAGGAGGAACUCCUAGAGGGGCAGGAGCCCCAACACGAAGAGACCAGCCCGGAGGGACACGUGUUUGUGGAGGCCAUCCCUGAGUUGCGGGGGCAUGUGUUUGUAGAGACCAUUCCCCAGGGGAAGGGGCAUAUGCACAUACACAAAAAUAUGCCUUCGCACAUGCAUGGGCAUGCCAUCCCUGAAGAGCACAUGCGUGGGGGACACAAGCACGUGGGAUCUGGUACCCAGUGGCACCGGCAAUCUGCACAGAGGGGCAGGUCACACUCCGUGCAAAGGGGGAAGAGGCACCCAGUCCCCAACCCAGUCUAAUCUAGAGCAGGCCA